GGCGGACCAGCAACUCCGGAGGGCAGGGGGCUGUCCGGCCCCCUCUGUGCCCCCCCAGCCCUGCCUGAGUGGACUCGAGGGCCGGCCGCUGUCCACUCCCCAGGCCCACUCUGCCCUCUGGCCCCAGCCAUGGCGCCCCUGCUGGCCCUGUUCCUGGUGGCCCUGGUGGGCCUGCCUCUGGCCCAGGCCCUGGACUGCCACGUGUGUGCCUACAACGGGGAGAACUGCUUCAACCCCAUGCGCUGCCCGUCCAUGGUCACCUACUGCAUGACCACGCGCACCUACUUCACCCCGACCAAGAUGAAGGUGAGCAAGUCGUGCGUGCCCAGCUGCUUCGAGACCGUGUACGAUGGCUACUCCAAGCACGCCUCCACCACCGUCUGCUGCCAGUACGACCUCUGCAACGGCGCCGGCCUCGCCGCCGCGGGGACCCCGGCCCUGGUCCCGGUGCUCCUGGCUGCCCUCUGGGGUCUGCUCUGAACCCCUGCCUGCCCCUCCCCGAGGAGCCAUCAAGGACGAAGCUCAGAGAGGCACACGCCACCCGCUCACCUUGCCCCUUGCCGCUCCCCGACCCCCAGCCACGCUCAGGACUGUCUGCGAGGCCCCGGGCCUCCGAGCUCCUGAGCUCCCCCCCACCUUUGGGCCUCGCUCCCGGGCCACGGCCUGUCCAUGUCAAAAGGCGGGUGCGGGCCUGGCCCUCUGGAGGCGUCUGGCCGGGUGGGAGAGCUCGGCCCUCCGUCCCAGGAUGGGGCGCCCAGCCUGCGAGCUGUUUAUGGGGGCCUCGGUGGGCCCCCCUUCCUCGCAGCCCUGGAGCGAGGGCCCUUGGAGGAGCGCCUCGGUCCCCAGCUGUCCAGGGAGGGUGUCAGCUUGGGGUCAGUCAGGACGAGGGCUCAAGGUCUGGGGUUGGGGGAUUACUCAGUGCUGCUCUCGCUAUUGUAACGCCUAGCACAGUGUCUGCAGACGCAGCUGUAACGGGGGAGCUUGCCGGGAACCACGGGGUACGCUCAGCCACCUGCGAAUGGGAAACCCGCCCGGAACUGACCAAAUAGUGGGCCCAGGCGCUGGCCAAGCCUUUCCGGGAGAGGGGGCUAGAUGAGCCCACCUCCUUCCCUUGUAAGUAAAUAAAGCUCCCAGACAACCAGAAAAAAAAAAAA